AUGUUAAAGAAGUCUCAUUAUGACUAUUCUACACUACUUAAAAAAGGCGCCGCGACCGACCUGAAGAUCUGCACUGGGAAGAACGCAUGUUGCACAAAAAACAUUGAAGAUGAAAUUCUCGAAAGUUCCGAGAAGAUCUUCAGAGCUCAACUCGAAGACAAACUAGUUGUCCUGCGACAUCUGAUCAAUUCGAAUUUGAACAGCUUCAGAACAUUCUUCUACAAUUCACUCAACGCAUGCCACGAGCAUUUGGAUACUCUAUUCGAUCGUACUUAUGGAGCAUUCUAUCAGAGCAAUUCCCAGAUUUUCGACACGUUUUUCAAUCGUCUACGAGCGUUCUCGUCGCCGUUUUCCGACGCCAAAGUGUCGCAGAUUACUGGCCGAUUGUUCGAGGAAAUGUUCGUCAUCAUGUUCCAACUGAUGAAUCCCAUGCACACAGUGUCGGCAAGUCAGCGUCGUUGUAUGAUUGAAGGCAUGGAAGAAAUCGCGCCAUUUGGCAACGUACCAAAAAAGAUUACGGUACAUAUGGAAAAAUCGUUAACGUUCUGGAAACAUUUCGUCACUGGACUUGAUAAAGUCAACAAUAUUUUUGAUGGAUUUAUGAAUGUGAGUUUUUUUAAUUAG